GUCAUGGGGGGCGCUGGGGACCCCCCGCCCGGGAUCUUCCAAAGCCGCGUUAAAGGAGCCGGGAGAGCGCCGGGAGCAGCGCGACCACCGCCGUGGGGCCCAGGAUCGCUCUUCCUGCAGAAUUCCAAGAUUUCCUCGCCAUGACUCUGGCUGCCUACAAGGAGAAGAUGAAGGAGCUGCCCCUCGUCUCCCUCUUCUGCUCCUGCUUCCUCUCGGAUCCCCUCAACAAACCGACCUACGCCUACGAAGACACGGUGGACCUGACCUGGUGCGUCAUCUCGGACAUGGAGGUGAUUGAGCUCAACAAGCGCACCUCGGGCCAAUCCUUCGAGGUCAUCCUGAAGCCUCCGUCCUUUGACGGAAUUCCCGAAUUCAACGCCUCCCUGCCCCGGCGCCGCGACCCUUCCCUGGAGGAGAUCCAGAAGAAGCUGGAAGCGGCAGAGGAGAGGAGAAAGUACCAGGAGGCGGAGCUGCUGAAGCACCUGGCGGAAAAGCGGGAACACGAGCGGGAGGUGAUCCAGAAGGCCAUCGAGGAGAACAACAACUUCAUCAAGAUGGCCAAGGAGAAGCUGGCGCAGAAGAUGGAGUCCAACAAGGAGAACCGCGAGGCGCACCUGGCGGCCAUGCUGGAGCGCCUCCAGGAGAAGGUCUGUUCCCAACCUCCGCACGGAAAAUCCCACCCUCACCACCUCCAGCUCCCUCCAAAACAUCCGGAGCCCGCCCAGGGCCCUUCUCCGAGCGCCUCCGUUGGGGCAGAGGCGGAGAGCGCCAGAUAAUGCCGGAAAAAUCCCAGCUAAUCCCAGCUCCAAGGGGCUUCCCGGGACGGUUGACGUCUCCCUCGUAGCCAGAGGGCGAGGACAAAGUGUCCCCAAGUGCCACCAGCAGCCCUUAAAGUGACCCCAGGGGAGGAGAGGACGCUUGGGAGGAACCUCGUGCCUUCAACCCCUCCGGAGCCGCUGUCCGUGGGGAUCCCGGAAUCCUGGAACGCGGCUAACGCGUGUUCCCCUCCUCCUCCUCCUCCUCCUCUUCCUCUUCCUCCUCCUUCCUCCUUCCCCUCCUCCUUCCCGAUCCCACAGGACAAACACGCGGAAGAAGUGAGGAAAAACAAGGAGCUCAAGGAAGAGGCCUCCAGGUAAAGAGGCUCAGCUGGGACUGACAGCUCCGGGGAGGUGCCGGAGGCUUCCAGGCAGCUCCAAGGUCGGAAUGGUGUGGGAAUGGUGGACGUUCCUCUGCUUUCUUUGUUCGUGGAUGUGACGAGUUGAGGGGGUGAAGCCAUCGGAGUCGUCGUCGUCGUCGUUCCGGGGGAGGGUGGGGAGGGGAAAAGGGACGAGGGCGGGAAUUUUCGGGAUGCCCACCCCCGGCGUGGGUCCCGCCCCGUCAGCCAGGUCCGGAGGGGACACGAGGAGGUGAUGCCCCGUGGAGAAAUCCCGGGAAUUGCGGAGCGGGUGGGGAGGGAAUUGUGGGAAAUGUGCGUCGUGUGUGACUUUCAUUUGGUGCUGGGCAGGCGGGGGCGGGCGGGAAUCCCUCCGGAGUCUUCUCCAUCCAAUCCCACCCCAUCCCACCCGUGGGCUGCGGCAUCUCUUGGUGUCCCUCCCUCCCUUGUUUUGGGAUCUCUUCCUGGAUUUUUGCCCGUUUUGGGAAGGGGGAGAAGUUUUUUUGCCCACCACCAUUGGAGGUGGUCAGGGAGUGAAAUUCCCUUGCUCCAAAGGUUUUUUUCCCAGCUGUUGGAGAUGCCCAUGGUCCUUCCCAAGGGUGACAUUGGAAAGCCCCAUGAAUUCCCAAAGAAGAUUUUUUUUUGUAAGAACAUCCCAAUAAAACCCAAUCCCAGUGGGAAUUCUUGGGUGAAAUCCCCCCUUUUCCUGGAAGGGACCUUUAGGAUCAUCCGGUUGGAAAACCAUCGGCUCCCGGAGAUGGAGCAGCAGGAGGAGCCAGGGCGGGGCUGUGGAGACCACGGUGGAAGGGAGGGAAUGAGGGAAAAUUUGGGAAAAAGCUUGAGGUGGGAUGGAGCCCUGUGGAGAGCAGGGAAAAAUAUCCAUGGGAACCCCUUGGUGACACCAGGGAGGGUGGAAAACCCCCUCAGUGUUCCAGGAGACUUUUUUUGGGAGCUGCCAUGGAUCCUGGGAGAUCUUUGCCUCCAGGAAAGGUGGGGAGAAGGAAAAUUGGAUUUUCCAGGAGGUGGGGUGGGAAUUCCCUGCUUUCCCAUUUGCUGGAAGUGUUUCCCAGCGCUGCAGCACCCCCAAAAUUCCAACCCGGGUGUGAACGAAGGGUUUGGGUCUCCGCCGUGUCUGGAUGAGACAUUCCGAGCUCCGACCCAAAAUCCUGGGAAAAGGGGGGAAAACGGGAUCGGGGACGGAUUGUGGCACGAGCUGUCCUUUUUUUUGUACACAACGGAUGUAAAUAAAAACUGCCUUGGCCUUUCCUUUGGUUUCCAUGA